GUAUUACAGUACUCGUACGAGAGUACCAGGUACCACAAAAACUGCCCACUAUGGGCCUAUGGCGCUACGCUACCCUUCGCUACCAAAUCAGGGCCUGCGUAGCUGUGGGCCAACGAUGGCUUCUGCCACCCACAUGAUCUAUGACCUAUUUCGGCCAACUCUAGCCAUCAUCGUUGACCUGUACUCGAGUACCCAUCCAGAUUUGCCAUUCCAAAGGGGGUUGGACUUGCAAAGGGCUGUCCGCUUUCCAACGGCGCAUUUUCAUGUCAAUUACGCCGUCUGGGACCUCACAUGGUCUACCAUCUUACACUACCCCACAAAAUAUUCUCAUGGCUCACGCUACUCUGUGGGGGAUAGGUGCAGUCUCUAACAGCGCCGUUACUGACCGGUUGAGCUGAACUUGAUGGCUUUACUCAUACUUUGCGAUGGGUCCUGGAAGUCCGAGUCUAUGGGUAAAUUUACUGAACGGUCUGGCUAGCCCGGCUUACUCUUAUCUACCUGCUACUAACCUUUGCUAGACCCUAGAUACCAUAACCCUACUGGUACGCUCGGCUGUUCUUAUCUCACACACGUUUGGCGGUGGAGAGUACUCGUACGACCAACUAUCUCAUCCUUACGUGCAAGUGUUUCACCUUGGAGUGAAGGCAGCGUUCGCAAUAAGUAGAGUAGGUUGGAAGCACCUACUCUGCCAUGCUCAAGGGGGUUUCAGCCCUACUCCAGCCGACUUGAGUACUGUUGUACUCGAGUAGAAGAGUAUUACUUGAGUCGCACGGAGCAAAUCGGCCCGAGCCCCCGCGGCAAGACCGAGCAUUAUUCCGGCCGGGCUAGCCGCUCGGCUCGAGCCGAUUCCUACAAACUUACCCUCUACAUAGACGGUAUAACCGACCCCAAUAGUCGGAUCUCCCGUCUUAUUUGAUUGUUAUUGGUUGUUAUGCGCUUCUUGGCAUAAUAGCUAAUUAUACUACAAACAAGAGUCCUACCGUUCCUUGGGCUUGCAUUACUCAGCCAGCACCUACAAGUCAUUGAGUCAAGAGGUUAGGCAGCUUAGUUCGGCGAGACGCGAGCUGUCCAGACUUGACUUCAUACCUACCUUCUCUCCCCACGGGGGAAUCUCCGCCCCCUCUCUAGCACCCUGGAAAUCGCGGGAGGAUUGGCAGCGGUGGGUGUCAGGGCAAGUGCAAGGGAACAGUGAAUGUUCGAUUGUCCGGGGAAAGCUUCAUCUCAUUUUCGAUCCGUCGACGGUCCGACGGUUCUGUCUUUUAGCAUGUUAUCAUGAUCAUGACUUUUCUACAACAGCCUUUUACGCUAUCUGCGUUCUAUUGCCUUUUCCCACUGACUAGAAAAGUCUCUUACGAAGUAUACGAUGGUUGAGCGUGGGAUGAGCUUAUAACGAGCUAUCCAACCCAUGCUACUGCACCUCAUGUGGGUACCGAGUAACUUGAGUGGAUCGCGGGGUGGCUUGCAAGGAAAAAAAACCGCCGUCGCAGGCAAGCGCAACCAAUGCAGGGUUCAGGUGAUCCUCAGUUAUGACGUCGGGACCCUACCUAGCUCUUACCUCUCCAACUAGAAAAAAAAACAUACUUAAGUAGUACCCCUUCCCCUCUUUCGACCACUUAAUAUCAUCUGCUCCGUCCAUUGUUUUCCAUACAUCUUUGCAUGAAUUGUGGGUUCCCCAUUCUGGAUAUACAUUACAUCCAACAUUCUCAUCGCUUGUAUCUCUUUGUGUGUGACAACCCAUCUUCGUCCAUCCUCCAACAUGGAGCCCAACAAGGAAUCCGUCUCUCCUCCAUCCGAAGAGGAGAGCAUCUCGAGCAUGACCCAUGUCGGAACCCAUGACAAAACCGAAUUGACCGAGGAUGACUGUUACGAAGAGCUCGGUUACUCCUUUUCCAACAUGAAGAAGUGGUCUAUUCUCUCCGUCAUCUUCGCCGUCCAAGUUUCCAUGAACUUCAACACCAGUCUUUACUCGAACGCCGUCCCCGGAAUCUCAGAGGAGUUUGGGGUUAGUGAGCAAGCAGGACGAUGUGGUGCUAUGAUCUUCCUCGUCAUGUACGCUUUUGGCUGCGAGCUGUGGGCACCUUGGAGUGAAGAACUCGGGCGAAGGCCAAUCCUACAACUCAGUUUACUCCUGGUCAAUAUCUGGCAGAUUCCAGUGGCUCUCGCACCGAACUUUGCCACAAUCAUGGUUGGUCGUGCUCUUGGUGGUCUUUCUUCAGCUGGUGGUUCCGUUACUCUCGGUAUGAUUGCAGAUAUGUGGGAGGCUGAUACUCAACAAUAUGCCGUUGCCUUUGUUGUGUUUUCAUCAGUUGGUGGCUCAGUCUUGGGUCCAGUUAUUGGCGGUUUCGCUGAGGAAUACCUCGAAUGGAGAUGGAGUAUCUGGAUUCAGUUGAUCUUUGGUGUCUUCGUUCAAGCUCUUCACUUUGUUUGUGUGCCUGAAACCAGAACGACAAUCAUGAUGGACAAAAUCGCCUAUGCAAGACGUCAGGCUGACCCAAAACGCAAUAUCUAUGGUCCUAAUGAGCUUGUGGGUUUCAGGGAGCGAUUCUCCGCCAAGGAAAUUCUCAUCACCUGGGUACGACCAUUCAAGAUGUUCGUCACUGAGCCAAUCGUUCUUACCCUCUCUCUUCUUUCCGGCUUCAGCGAUGCUCUCAUCUUCAUGUUCAUCCAAUCUUUCUCCUUGGUAUACAAGCAAUGGGGAUUCGGCAAGAUUUCUUUAGGCCUGGCGUUCAUUCCAAUUCUCAUCGGUUAUUUCAUCGCCUGGUUUUCCUUCAUCCCUGUCAUUCGUCGAAACAUUGAAGAGCGCAAGGCCAAGCCAGAUGAUGAAAAGGUACAAUACGAAUCUCGGCUUUGGUGGCUUCUCUACACGGCACCUUGCUUGCCGAUUGGAUUGAUUGGAUUCGCUUGGACAUCUACUGGACCACCAUUGCCAUGGAUCGCCUCUGCUAUCUUUGCUGCUAUCGUCGGUAUCGCAAACUACAGUAUCUACAUGGCUACUAUCGACUAUAUGAUCUGUGCCUACGGUCCUUAUUCCGCAUCAGCAACGGGUGGAAACGGAUGGGCUCGUGAUUUCCUUGCAGGUGUUCUUACUAUUCCAGCAACACCCUUCUUCCAAAGUAAGUUCCAUUUCCUGAUAUCCACAAUAUUACAACAACACUAACAAAUUCAGACAUUGGUUCUACUCCCGAGAAGGCCCUUGCAAAUGCAUCCACCAUUCUUGCAUGCAUCUCAUUCGUCCUUGUCCUCGCCGUCUAUGUAAUCUACUGGAAAGGACCAACUCUUCGUAAGCGAUCACCUUUCGCACAACAACUCAAUGCAGCCGCACACAAUGCCAGUGGUCGACGACCAAGUUAUGGUACAGGAAGCCGAAAAGGAAGCUUCGCACGCUCUCACCAGGAUAUGAUGGUUCGACAGAACAUGGGAAGCCGGCAGAACAGUGUCAGCCGACAAGGAGGAGCGCCCCAAAACAGCGCUGGUGUCGCUCUCGCUAAUGCCCAUUUCGAAGAGCACUAUGAAAAGUAGAUACUGCGGUACCUUCUCGAACGAGGGACUGAGCUAGAAGAAUUCUUCAUUAUUUCAUUUGUGGGAGCUUUUUUACCAUGCAUAGCCGAAAAGGUGGCCCGGCUGG